ACAGACUCUCAUCCCAACAUGGCAAGGUCCCAUUGGACACCGAAAUGAACUAGGCCAAACCCACUAGAACUCGCUCUCGCACCACUCCGAUGCCCCAAAACCCCUCACUCACCAUCGAAACCCAAACCCUAUCAGCACCGACUUCAGUCCCACUCGCUCCGAAUCUCCUCGCUCAUCGACUCGUAAGGAAAGGUCUGCCAGUGUAUUGAGAAUCAAUGAUGGGGCGUAAUAUAUCCAAUCAUUCAGAAUCUCCGGUUAGGGGUCGGGGGUCUCCUCAUAGAAGGAGUCCAACUAGGAGGAGCCCAUCUCGAAGAGAGAGAUCACCCACCCGUCAAAGGAGCUCACACAAGGUUAGAUCUCCAGAAAGAGAGAAACAUUCUGUUCAAGCUAAAUCUCCAAGGCAUGCGAGGUCGAGUUCUCCUGCUGCUCGCUCACCUUCUCCCAGGACAAAACGUUUGAGGAGAGCGCAAGCUGAAGCUGAAAAAGAGAGAGAAACUGAGAAAGCUCGCUUGCCUUCUCCUCGGACAAAGCAGUUGAGGAGAGCACAAGCUGAAAGAGAGGUUGAGAGAGAAACUGAGAGAGAGCAUGAAAAGAAUCACAGCAGGGGGAGUGACAGGGGGAAACAUAGGGAAAGGGGUUCCGAGAGGGAAACUGUGGGUGAGAGAAAAGAGAGAAGGCUGCCUAGGCAUGAUAAUGAGGUUGACAGAGAAACUGAGAGAGAGCAUGAAAAAAAUCAUGGCAAAGGUAGUGAUAAGGGGGCACAUAGGGAAAGGGUUUUUGAGAGGGAAAUUGGGAGCGAGAGAAAAGAGAGAAGGUCUGGUAGAGAUGAUACUAAGGUUGAGAGAGAAACGGAGAGAGAGCAUGAAAAUAAUAAUGGCCGGGGGAGUGAUAGGGGGACACAUAGGGAAAGGGGUUCUGAUUGGGAAGCUGGGACUGAGAGAAAAGAGAGAAGGUCGGGUAGAGAUGAUGAUGAUAGGAAAUCUUCUAGAUCAAGGCAUGAUCGGUCUACUUCUCCAUCAGAUCGUCAGCACAGGGGCAAACAUAGAUCUCUAUCUCCUCAACCAGCAGCUGAUACCAGAGCUCGUGACGAGGUGACAAAUGUAAGAGGAGCUGAAGGGCGGAAUAACGAGGAUGAUUCAAUAGCUAAGAUGAAGGCUGCUGAGGAGGCUCUGGAAGCAAAGGAAACGCAAAAACCAUCUUUUGAGCUCUCUGGAAAGCUUGCUGCAGAAACCAAUAGAGUCAGAGGUAUAACACUGCUGUUCACUGAACCCCCAGAUGCUCGAAAACCUGAGAUAAGAUGGCGGCUUUAUGUUUUCAAGGGUGGUGAAGUGCUAAAUGAGCCCCUUUAUAUACAUCGUCAAAGUUGUUAUCUUUUUGGGAGGGAAAGAAGGGUGGCAGACAUUCCUACGGACCACCCAUCCUGCAGCAAGCAACAUGCUGUCAUUCAAUUCCGACAAGUAGAGAAGGAGGAAGGCGAUGGUAAACUAACAAAGAAACCGAGAGUAUGUACUACUGCACGAGAACUCCGCCACGUGAUGGGACAUGUUGAUUCGUCGACGGACGGGAACUAUUUACAGCCCAUUUUUGCUGUAUUUUCUGUGGAUGCAAUUGAGUUUGAUUGUCUUUUUGCCGGUGUUGCCGAAAGGAAACAGUUCGAAUGUCUUAACUCAUACUUCUUUAUAUUGCACUAUGACCUCAUAAUUUAUUUGGCAUUUCUUCUCGCUUGAUUCUCGAGUCAAUAUCUCUAUUUUUUUUAUUCCUGAUUGUUUCAUGAGAAGACACGGUAAGAAGACUUUUGUGAAGGGCAGAGGGAUUAUUAGCUUCUCUCUCCAUUUUAAGAGAAUGAAAAUGAUCAAUUUUAUUGUUUGAAUUAAAUUUUAUAGAUCUAAUAUGAUGUGAUGUCACGCCAUUUAAAAUU